AUGGAUACCCAACACUUAAGAAUAUCUCCUUAUCAAUUAGUCUUCACAAUGUUUCCUUAAGAAAUAGCCAGCACAAGAUUAUAAAGUGUUAGAAUGCCAUAAUAUAAGAAAAAUAUUUGGUUGUAGAUGAUAGACAUAUUAAUCUUGAAAAUCUAUAAUUAAAAAGAAGGAUAGAUUCCAAACAUUUAAUACCUCAAUAUUUCUAAUAAUUUAGAUUCUCUUGAAAUAUUUGGUCCAGAAUUAUAAAUUGAUUAGAUCUAUAAUUAUUUGAAAUUAUAUACAAUAUAACAAAAAUUUGAAGAUAAUUAUUAAAUUAUCAAACUUUUAGGGAAAGGUUCAUUUGCAAAAGUCUAUAAAGUGAAAAAAAUUCAUAUAAAUUUAUAAUCAUAAGAUAAAUAAGAAUAUACAUAUGCCUCAAAAAUUUUUAAUAAAAUUAAGUUGAGAUAAAAUCAAGAAGAGAACGAAAUGAGUUUAUGGAAAGAGAUUGAAAUUAUGAGAUUGAUGAAAAAUAAACAUAUUAUCAAAUUGUUUGAAGUUUUUGAAGAUGAAAAAAAAAUAUAUCUUCUCUUAGAUUUUCUCUAAGGUAGAGAUUUACUAAAUCACAUAUAUAAAAAUGAUAAUGUAUAUGAUGAAACUCUUGUUCUGAAAUUGAUGCAUAAUGUUUUAAAUGGCCUAUCAUAUAUACAUAGUCACAAUAUUAUUCAUCGAGAUAUUAAACCAGAAAAUUUGAUACUUAAACAAAAAAAUAAUAUUGAAGACAUUAUACUUGCUGAUUUUGGUUUAGCUGAUUUUUAUAAUCCGGAUGGUGAUUAUUUAUUCAAACGAUGUGGAUCCAUAGGAUAUAUAGCUCCUGAGAUGUUGAAUAAUGAAAAAUAUGAUUACAAGGUCGAUGUCUAUUCAUUAGGAACGGUUUUCUUUCUUCUAUUAACUGGGUAGCAGGCUUUUGAAGGAUAAUCUUCUUAAGAAAUUUUUACAAGAAAUCAGAAAGGAAAAAUCGAUUUUAAAUUGCUAGAUCAAACCAAUAUCAGUUAAGCAGCUAAGGAUCUUUGCAUGAAGAUGUUAAAAUAAAACCCAAUAGAAAGAAUUUCCAUAGAUGAAGCCUUAAUUCAUCCAUGGUUACAAAGGAGGAAAUAGAAUUUAUAUGUUGAACCCUUUAAAAUCAUUAAGAAACCCACUAUUGUCCGAGGACUUAAAGAUAUAGUAAGAUGUAACACUCCUCUUUGGAUAAAUAAGAGUUUAAAAAGUAUUACUGAUUCUUCUGAUAAUUAAGAUUAUUUGACCUUUAAUGUAAGAGAUUAAACAAUUCAAGAUUUUGUAGAUGAGGAACUUUUAAGAUAAAAACGUGGAUCCAACAAUUACGAUCUAGAAGAUGACACAAUAGAAGAGGACUAAAUGCCCUCAUAUAAUGUCAAUAAACAUUUUCCUCUAGUAAAACAAAAUAGCUUUCCAUGA